AUGCCUGCUAAAGAACAGUUAACUGUGCUAGCGCUUGUCGCGAUAGUCGCAUGCGUAUUCGCGAGACCCGACUCAUCCAAUGGUGCAAUUAAAACAAAUUUCGCAAAUGGCGAUACAUCUACAAUUAUCAAACAUGACAUAGAUACUGGAAUAAGCGAAGACCAAUCAGAUACUUCGAAGACCUCAAAGACUAGGAAUAUUGUUUCGGAAUUAGCCCCCGAAGCUAAUGUCGUAGGUCAGUCCAAUGCUGAUCAACAUAAACUUGUACAAGUCCCACUCGAAAACGGAAACCUUGGAGUUAGUUCAAGUCACAUCGUGUUUCCAGAUUCGAGCUCCGACUCAGCAAACACUAUACCAUUUAGUGAAGAGGAAUCCAAGCAGAUUCCAUUGUUCCGGAAUGUAUCUAAAACUGUCAACCAGAGAUUUCCUCACGCGGUACUCUUCGGAGGCACCUGCGGUGGGUCCAUUAUCAGCCCCAAAUGGGUACUCACCGCUGGACACUGCACAUUGUUCACCGGGGGGCGGUACGUGCUAGCGGGCACCGGCAAUUCAGGCGACAAUACCGGAGUAAGCAGGCGAGUUAAGAAACUCCACUUGCAUCCACUAUUCACGGUUGGACCCUAUUGGGUGGACGCCCAAAAUUUCGACCUUAAACAGGUUGCAGCGAGAUGGGACUUUAUGUUAGCGGAACUUGACCAGCCAUUUGACUUCGACGGAGUCACCAUCGACGCCAUCACCUUAAAUGAAGAGAAAGAUGUGACGCCAGAGACACUCGCCGGGUAUGCUGGCUACGGCACAGAUCACCACGGGGGCUUCAUGAGGUCGGAGAUGCACGCUAUGGACCUCAAAAUUAAGCCCAAUGAAGUAUGCAAGAAAUUAAUACAAUAUAAUUCUGAUGACAUGCUGUGCGCGAGGGGAUACGAGCCAAAUUUUGACGCCGCCUGCAAUGGUGACAGCGGGAGCGGUUUAGUGGCCAACAACAAGCUGAUGGGCGUUGCCUCGUGGGUAGAGAACGACGCCUUCGAAUGCAAGGCUGGCAACAUAGUGGUAUUCUCGAAGGUGGCAGCUGUGCGCGAUUGGAUCCGCCAAGUAGCCAAUGUAUAACCCGGCGGGUUAAAUCACCAGCAGAAGUACAAAGAUUAUUCUUUUUGGUUAUGCAGUUCAAAGGAAUCAUUUGACCUUAAUAUUUACCUACUCGGUAGUUAAAAGUAUAUUGUAGUAAAUUAUGAUCAGAAAACGCUUAUUGCUAUUUUAUGUUAACAGCCAUAUUACUUUUUCCAUCUUUUGUAAAUCUACUAAACAAUAAUAGGAUAAUAUACAUUUAAGUUACUCUUCGAGACUCAAAAUGUUAUAAACUUGCGUUACCGAGUAACAUAAGAGUUACUUGGUAACGUAAGCAGUUUGGGUUGGCGCAUUGUUAGGUUAACGAAUGAUUGAAGAUUAAUAUUAAAUAAACUGUCGGUCCGGACUAACUUUAUAUUCUAACAGACAUUUCAUGUCAGAGUAAUAAUAACAUGAAAAUCCGAGAACCUGGUAUGUGCGAACGCACCUAUCGAUAAUUUAUAAAUUGAUUCAUGCGACAGUUUACAAAGUUUAUAAUAAAAUUAUAUAAAUUUGGACUAACUAUGUAGUAGUUUUGAACAAUAGAUUAUCAUUUAUCGAGGGUUAUCUCAACAUUAUUUUACCUGGUAGAAUCUAUAAUUAAAAACAUAUAGCGUGUAUAUUUUUAUUACUAUGUUAAAUUUGAAUUCGUAAUCACCAAAAAGUUACUACAUCAAGAUUCGCAAAAAUACAAUAUUUAUUAUAAAUAUCUAGAAAUCCUAGAUUUGAUUUUUAUCCGAUAUAUAUCGGUUGUAUAUCACGUAUAUGGAACGCUGCGAUUUAAAAGCUGCUUUAAUUAAUAUUUGAUCUUUUAAAUUUUGUUAUAUAUUUGUUUAUUUAGUAUAAAAAAUAUAAUUAAAAGUAUGCGUGUGAGAUUCCCAGGUAUAGGAGAAUACCCGACUUAUUCCCUACUCACUAUUAUACACCAUAUUGCGUGAACAUAAGCAUUAAAUUUCAGGAAAAAAAUAAAGAAACUAACCGUUCGAACUUCGCGUUUAUAUUACGGGGAAUAUCCAAAAUUUCUAGUAGAUUGCUACUUUGGGGUAAUGUUGCUAACUUCACAUCACAUCGGAUUGGUUUCUAGCCAAAACUUACUUAUCAGCGAACCUUGGUCUACAUAGAUAUAUAAAGCGCAAUAUUAUCAUAUUCCAGGGCUUCAUGGAGUGGAACAGUUAAGUAUGCUGAACAACUUUUACGAGAAACAACGGGAGCAACACUGAAUUCAAGAAAAAAAUAUCAGUAGUUACAUAUAAAAUUGUAAUACCUACAAUCGUUGACAGUAGAAAACAGCCAAUUAUUUUUCCGUUAAUUUAGUGUUGCUGCCAAAGUAAAAGUUGUAUACUUAACAAAUCCACUCCACGAAGUCCUGACAUAUAAUAAUAUUACACCUUAUAUAGAUUAUAUAUAUAUCUAAAUAGUAAAUUUGAUGUUCGUAUUCGUUAACGUACAUACCUAGUAUUCGUAUUAUCACCGGUUCAGGCAUUCUUAUUAUCUUUGCACAUAUAAUAUCAAAGUGUAGGUAUUUAUUACCAGCUACCACAUGUAGCUGUGUCAUCUUUCAUGAGUCAUUAAGUUAUUGAGAACAUGACUAAGCUGCAAAAUGUUAAGCCUAAACUUUUACACAAGUAAACUAAUGUUCUAAAACCAAAGUACAAUGUUAGAUUAAUUUCAAAAUUCUACAAUACCUUUCUUAAAUACUACCGUCUCGUUUGUAAAUUAUUAUAGAUAAAUAUUUCGCUUUAAAUCUAUCUUUCAUGAAUUUCGCUCUCUUUAUAUUUUAUUAUAUUGUUGUAAUUCAUAUAAGUAACUUUAUUAAGCAAUCGAACAAUUCCUGUUACAAAUUAAUUUUGUAUAGAGUUGUAUGAUGAAGCAAUAAAGUUAUGUUUUUGUUUGAAUGCUGUGAUGAGUAUUUUUUUAGUUUUACAAAUAACUGUUACGUGACUGUUUCUAUAAAUAAUAAAAAUUUAAACCUAGCCUGCCUUUAAAUCUUUAUUUCUUACCUGCAACUGCAUUCUGUUUUAUUUUAAUAAAAUAAUAAGACGUUGUGGUGUUAGUUAAUGGUAAUUAAUGUUAGUAAAAAUUAAAACUACUUUUAUGUUCCUGAAAAUUUAAUGACUUUAAUAGAAGAAUAACUAAAUUAAAACAGCAAGAUAGAAGAAAAAUCAUUCAUUAUUAACAUCAUCUUUGUUUCUGAUUAUUUUCAAGCAAAAAGACCAAAAUUAAUCAAUGACCUAACAAAAUAUACAACAAAAGUCAUUAAAUAAUUAAGUCCAACCAAUCAAAGUUAGUUUACUGCGACAACAAUCGAACCAAUACAUAGUAUUACUGUUUCAACUCGACCAUUAAAAUGAACUAGUUACAUAAUACAACUUACAAAUUUUGAAUAAUAUUGUGAUUAAAAAGAAAAAGCUAAAUAAUUCUUUCCUACUUAUAUAAUGUGUAAUAAUAUAAAGUGUCGACUACUUAUAAUAUGUAUAACUAUCUUUAAAUUUUCACACAAAGAGCGGGGCGCGAGAGAUGCACACGUCAAGCGGCCCGGUCAUGGGACCAAACUGUCAGAGGGACAAACGAGACGUCCGCGUCUCUCCGCACGCUCGCCUUAUGCCGAUACACACCACAAUCUCGCUAAACACUAGGUCACUUAUGCCGAAUGUUAGACAAAUAAGAAAGCGACGACUUCCCAAACCAAAAUUACAGUACUAACAAUUUGCAGACGAUGUCAAUUCAUAGUCCCCGCGGGACUAAUCGUUGUCGCGUGGCGUCGCGGGCCCGUACGAACGGCCGUCCGACCGUCAGCAUACGUUGUCAUUAUAUAACGAUCGUGGUUAAGCGAGCGAGGCUCUCCGUCGCAAUCGUAACAACGCAGCUUUUUUUGGAGUUUUACUUUUUUAAAAUAUAUAGGAUUUGUUUCUAUAAUUAAUUAUAUCUAAUAUUUACAAUGGAGGUGAACGGACAAUAUUCAAACUCUACUUAUAAACUCGAAAAUUAAUCCUGAAAUUCCUACCCGAAACGAACGUUUAUCUACAACUUUUAAUAAAAAUUUAAAAGUGAACUCUCGCCACAAAUAAAUCUAAAUAUGCACAGAUCGAGUUUGCGUAUCCGUUGUCCGUAAUUUAAUAUGCAACAUUAACGUUACAGUCUCAUUAUAAUAACAACAAUGGGGGUCGAGUUCGCGAGUUCGCGAGUCUCUAGGUAUUCGCAAGCGCGCGCGCGACCUAUGUCGUCAGUCGAUGCUAAACUUAAAAUGAGAGACACAAACUCGAUCGAUUAUUUAUUUAGAGUAAAUAAUAAAGGUAUGUAUAAUGCGGUGUGCGGUGAGGGGCGAGGGCUGAGCUCAUAUCUUGUGUAUCUUCUGGGAGACGACGACAGGAUUGUUGCGGCGGAUCUCCUGCGCGCCCAACUCCCGGUAGUCGAACGAGCACUCGUGCUUGUCGCUGUACCGGUGCACGGCGCAGAAUAGACCCCC